AUGGCCGACAAAAACAACAAUGGUCCUUCGCCGAAUCUUUCGCGUGGAAUUCGCGCGAUUUUCGUCGGACCACCCGGUUCGGGUAAAGGAACUCAGGCUCCAGCAUUCGCCUCCAAAUAUUUUUCAUGCCAUUUGGCGACUGGAGAUUUGUUGAGAGCUGAAGUUGCGUCGGGUUCCGAAUUUGGAAAACAAUUGAAAGCGACAAUGGAUGCUGGAAAAUUGGUAUCAGAUGAUGUUGUUUGCAAAUUGAUUGAGAUGAAAUUGGAGAAACCAGAAUGCAAGUAUGGAUUCAUUUUGGAUGGUUUCCCAAGAACAACUGUUCAAGCUGAGAAGGUGAGGAGACAUAGUUUUGAGAAAACAUUUGGAAUUUUAAGCAUUGAAAAUCGGUAAUUUAGCUAGAUUUUGGUCACAGGUGUCAAAAAUUCUGGAAAUUUAAAAGUUCAGGAUUCAAAUUUUUUUAAAUGAAGUUUUUAUUUCCACCAGAAAAUCGGUUUCUAUAUCGCUUUUCACUCCACAAAUCAUAACCACAUUUUUGUUGCAGCUCGAUCAAAUUUUGGAAAAAAGAAAGACUCCAUUGGACACAGUAAUCGAAUUCAACAUUGCCGAUGAUUUAUUGGUUCGUCGUAUUACUGGCCGACUUUUCCAUAUUGCAUCCGGAAGAAGUUAUCAUUUGGAAUUCAAACCACCAAAGGUUCCAAUGAAAGAUGAUGAAACUGGUGAACCAUUGAUUAGAAGAUCGGAUGAUAAUGAAGAAACAUUGAGAAAACGAUUGGUUCAAUAUCAUCAAAUGGUAAGAGAUUUUUGGGAAAGAAUGGGCGGAACAUUGCAAAUUUUUGAACUGGAAAUUAAAAAAAAAUUUCUGAAGUUUGCAGAUUUCAGCUCAAUUUUCAUAAAGAUUGAUUUGAAACUCUGAAAACUAUGUUUUUUAGUGAAAAUCAGAAUAUCUCGUACGGAAAUUAUCUUUUCUGAAAUUUCUAGCAUGUUUUUCAUUCUUCUGAAUUUUCAGCUCGAGACAAGAAUUUUCGUAAUAACUUCACUAUUUCCUUAAAAUUCUAGAAAUUUAAGAAAUUUCAGUGUCUUUGUCAAAGAUUGAAACUAUCUCCCAAAAAACUUCCCAGCUUCCUCUAACUCCUCUCAUAUUUUCCAGACUAUGCCAUUAGUCGACUACUACAAAAAACACGGUGUUCAUGUCGAAGUCGAUGCCUCAAAACCAAUGGCCGAAGUCAAAACAACAAUCGAAAAUGUUUUCAGCAAUUUCACCAAAAAGGUUUGAUUUCUUAUUAGUUUCCCUGCUAAAAUUUCAGACACUUCCAGAAAUGAGAAGGUUCAAUCAGAGAAUAAUCCUUAUUUCAGCUCUUCGGUUCAAAAUAA